AUGUUGCCACGCACGGUGUUUGAAGACAAGGAGAGACGUAUUUGUAGAUUCUUUCUUAUGCAGGGGAUGCAGGAGAUGUUCUCGGAAACACCAAUCACGGAUAUCAUCGCUUGGCCAGAGAAAGGCACUUCAACGACUAAUGCUCAAACAACGACGACAACAACGCGACCUGCAAGUUCCACCUUAGUCACGACAAUCGGGCCACCUACAACUACAAUUACACCAACCACAAUGAAACCUACCACAUUUGCACCAACUACAACUGCACCAACUACGACUGCACCAACUACAUCUACACCAACUACAACUACACCAACCGUAACAACACCAGAACCAACCACAGUAAUAACUUCCACUCCGACUUCUUCCAUCACUACAAUUGCUACUAUGCCCUCAAUUCCACCGAAUGAAAUUUUUACUGCGUGUCAAUUGGCAGAAGAAAUAUCUUACAUUAGCGGGAAGAGUGUAGACUGGGAUACUCUUCUGGAAAGCUGGAUUUGCUUGGCGAACAUGACAACCAAAUUUACCAACUCUUAUAUACAAGUCUCUAACACAGAUCCCGCCAUUGUGUAUUAUGGAGUUUUCAAAGUUCACAAAAAGAUUAACGUUUUCAUAGUUGGUUCAUCACUCCAGAGGAAGGGAAAAACGCAAGUGCCAAUAUCUUUUGUAAUGGAAGAAGCCGCGGUGAAAGGCGAAGACGAAGGGGAGGCAAAAGUAGAGGAAGGAGUUGUAACGAAGUAA